AUGGCCCUCAGCCUAUGGGAGGGUCAUGCUGUUGCUUUCAUGCUUGGCAUCGGUGUUUUGCUUGGCACAGAUGAGAGACAGGAGGAGGUCGGCCACAGAUUCAUCAUGUUCGAGCAUGAUGCAGAGAACAACUUUGUGCCUCCCCCUGAAUACACCAACGAGAAGGUGAAGGUCCCCAAGACUGGCCAGACCAGUGGGGCCAGUACUGGCCAGUAG